AUUUUUCUCUUUUUCAAGCCAGGGAGUUUAUGUGAGAUCAUUUUUGUGAGUCAUGCGUGGCAAAGAUGAACGAAUACGAACUGUAUUGGAUACUUUGCGUAUUGAUGUAUCGGAACCUCUAUUGGAGAAACUGCGAACGCUUGCAAUCGGUCCUGGUGGGCUUCUCAAAGAUGAUUUCCGGCGGGAAGCUUGGCCAUUGUUUUUGGGAGUUCACAAAAAAUGUAAGCGGAGAAUUCGGGACGGUGUGCUAACGGAUCAUGGACCAGAAGCAGCGUCUGGUACUUGGGCAUAUCAAGUUGAAAUGGAUGUUCGGAGAACUCUGAAGAGAUUUCCUCCUGGAAUCGAUGAUGUCACUCGCGGGGAUUUACAGAAGGUCCUGGUGUCGCUCAUGUGUAAACUUCUGAAAGCUCAUCCGGAAAGACAUUAUUAUCAAGGUUUCCACGACAUGGCGUUGACGGUGCUUCUGGUGAUGCGGGACCCAGAGAAUGCUUAUGUUGUUAUUGAAGCAUUGAUGUUGAAGCAUUUGAGAGUAUUUAUGAAACCAACCAUGUUGGAAACUGCUUCGUUACUUGGUUGCAUCUUGGCUGUGAUAGAGCGAGAAAAUCGACAGUUGUACAUGCAUCUUCUGCGGUCAAAUGUCGGAACUACUUUCAGCUUACCCUGGGUAUUGACGUGGUUCAGUCAUUGCCUCGACGACUACGAGCUCGUUGUCCGUGUUUUCGACGCCUUUCUGAGCAUCGACGUUUCGACUGAAGAAGAGGCCGUUUAUUAUCCUCUCGCUGUGUCAGCCACGGUGAUCUUGGAGAAUGCCGCGAAGAUACUGAGCACUGAAUGCGAGCUUUCUUCGCAACACGCUGCUUUAUCCCCGCUGCCGCAGUCUGUGGAUUGGGAUUCGAUUCUUGAGAAAGGAUGGCGUGUCAUGGGGAAUCAUUCCUUUCAAACUGUGAUGAAAGGCGCUGAAACGUACAGGAGGAGGGCAGACAUGCAGUUGGAUGGAGUUGCAUGGCAGACACCAGGUCUGUGGGAGGCAGUGUGGUGCGUGCUACCUUUCCAAGGCACCAAGUUUCACCCUGCUGAGUGGCCCCCGAUAGCGAGGGCUGCGUUUUUCGGGGAACGCUUGGUUAGCGGGAAAAUUCUCGAUCUCCCGACAUACAUGAUGAUUACCCAUUCAUCUGCACUGAUCGUGUCUCUCGUGUUACCAGCUAUUGUGGCUGGAUUGAAGGCUAGCGAUUGUGAAGUAUGCUUCAAAGUUAUCGACGACUUCCGGGCUACUUUAUCAGAUGAUGAAUUGAAGAAUACAAAAGUCAUAGAGAAGAAAUUCGUCGACUACUGCGAAGACAAAAAAGGAAAAGAAAAUCGCUUUUGUUACUACUUGGGAGGAUUGGAAGAGUCAGCUACCGGUAUUCUAACAGAAGUCUCGAAGCCGUUGUCGUAUUCACUUCCGACCGAGAAAUUAUGUGAAAAGCUGAAGAAAAAGGACGCUCAAAUCUGCGAGUUGCGGUUUGACAAGCAGAUCGAUUUUAAAACCGUCGAUCUGAAGAAGCUCAAGGUGCGCGAUCUCCGUAAAAUCCUCAACGAUUGGGGCGAGGAUUGCGAUGGUUGCAUCGAGAAGGCGGAAUACAUCAAGCGGAUAGAAGCCCUAAAGCCCAAAUACGUGAAGGAAGAACUUUGAUUUUAUUUUGUUUGAUUAGGGAAAUUAGUUUUUAAGUUCCCGGUUUCUUUUCGCGAUGUGAUAUUUGUUCCUUCACUUCGUUCGGGUCACGUGAAUAAGUUGUUUUAUUUCAUGGAGACUUACGUUGUGCAUUUAUUUUUCCACAUUCUCAACCCGGUGAUUUCUUCCUAUCCAUUUUUUCGUGAACGUCGUUACAGAUCAACUUGCGGACUUCGAGAUGACGUCUAGGCUGAUGAGAUUCAUCGGUAGGAAAAGCGUUGAUUUAGAAAUGUGGAUCGUGAAAUUGAACUUUUUUUUUAGACAUAGGAGUUAAUCUCACGGAUUCAAUGUUCAAUGGUAUUUAUGGCGGAAAGGAGAAGCACGUGAGCGAUUUUCAGCAGGUCCUUGAAAGAAGCUGGGAAGCAGGUGUUGAGAAAAUGAUCAUCACCGGUGGCUCUUUAACGGAUAGUGAAGCAGCCAUUGAGUUGUCGAAGAUCGAUGGUGAGAUCUAUGGAAAAUCCUUUUUGUUAGGGGGAAAAAGAUUGUUUACCGUUUAUAUACAGUACAUGGUUUUUUCUCUAUGUGAAAGCUUGGUCUCUUUGAAGAUUGCGGGUUAGUAAAUCUUCUGCUAUUCAUCUGAAAGGUCAAGUGUUUCUUCGGAAUUUCGGAACUUUUUGCUAUGCUUAUGUUAUUGAAGGUGAGACAUCAUCCGCUCACUGUUCUGACGUUUCUCAACACAUAUUUAUGAAUUUGAUACCAAAUUUUUAAAAUAAGGGUACUGGUACUGUAAUUAUAUGCAUGCCCAGUAACUACUGUACUUUAUUUACUGGAGUUCCACGUGCAACGCGCAUCUGAAUUUUUCAUUCCAAAAUUUUGAUAAAAAUGUAUCCACAACUUGGAUGCGCACCCCAUUUUUUGAUACUGUAAGUUGAAAUAUUUUGAAAAUAAAAUACAUCCCAAUUUAAAUUGUUGCCUGAAUUUUUAUUAAAUUGAACGUUCCAUAAUUUUCAUUCUUGAAAAGCUUCAGUUUUACUUUCACUAAAGCUGUAUAGAGCUACCUUUUUUUCCUAUUUAUUUAAAUGAAAAAAAAAAACUGGCACACGUAGUACUUGAAUAAUACAGGUAUAUUACUGGGGCAACUUGAUGGAAAUGGAGGUCGUUCAGGAAUUUCAACUCGCUUCUUUUUUGCAUCGGUUUCCAGAGCGAUUAUUUGCAACCGUUGGUUGCCAUCCCACCAGAUGCGGAGAAUUUGACGCUUCAGGCGACCCCGAGGCUUACAUGGAAAGUCUUCUGAAGUUGAUCAUUGAAAACCGCGACAAGGUUGUAGCGGUGGGAGAAAUUGGUCUCGAUUUCGACCGCACUCAGUUCUGUCCUAUUGAAGUUCAAAAAAAGUGAGAACACAUCUCGGUAUAUGCUGUAACGCACCUUAAUUUUUUAGGCACCGUGUUCGUGAAAAAUCAAUCCCGCGUCGGAUGGGUCGCCUGGUUUUCGAUACGAAAUUAAUUUACAGUAUUCUAAGAAGUAAACGCUGAAGUUUGAAAUUUAGUCUGAUCUUGAGCCGAAAUGUAUAUUUUUAUACAUCCUAGUCUCUACAACAAUUAUUGUUUCAACCUCUCUGCAUUUCUUUUCAUUCAUGACGUGCACCAAAACUUAGCAGACAAAAUUUAAUAGAAUUGAGUGAGAUGCACACCCCACUUUUUUGCUUAAAUUUGAAGAGAAAAGUGUGGUGCUUGAUUGUACGCUAUAUGGUAUAUUUGCGGUGCCUCAGUUGAUGGACUUUAUACUCUAGUAUACUACUUCGGGAAGUUCUCACGCAGCAAAUCAAAUUUCGCUCGUAGAGGAAACCAUAUCCUUUCGCGGUCGAAUAUCCUCGUUAGUUCGGGUCGUUAAGCGAGUCGUCUGAUAUCCCAGGUACCUUUGCAGUUUUGAUAAUGUAUGUGGAUUUCUAGGUAUUUUGAGCAACAAUUGGUGUUGGCUGAGAAAACGAAGCUUCCUUUGUUUCUUCACUGUCGAGCCGCGAGGAGAGAUUUGUGUGAAAUUCUGGAGCGGAAGCGGAAUUCAUUUACGGCCGGAGUUGUUCAUUCCUUCGACGGAUCCUCGGAGGAUGUUCCUGAAAUCAUGAAAUUGGGACUGCAUAUUGGUAUCAAUGGAUGUUCUCUGAAAACAGAGGAAAACCUGGCAGUUGUGAAAGAAAUUCCGGUGAGCCGUCUGAUGCUUGAGACAGACGCCCCUUGGUGUGGCAUAAGGAAAACGCAUGCUGGCUACAAGCACCUAACUACCCUGAUAAAAAUGAAGAAGAAAGAAAAAUUUGAACUUGGUCUCCAAGUGGAUGGAAGGAAUGAGCCCUGCAAUAUCAAGCAAGUGGCUGAAAUCGUUGCUGCUGUGAAGUCUGCUGAUCAAGACCUUUUUUGUGAUGAAAUAUUCGCUAAUACUUCGAAUGUGUUUUUUACUUCCGUGAAAUUUGAUGAUCCGAAGUUCGACGAGAAUUGAAAAUAAAUAAGUUUUGCUAUAAUUCCUGGGCGAAUUUUCCCAGUUCUA